UGAGUCAAUGCUCGCCGUUGUCCAGAGUCCAGACCAAACGACAAACUGACCCCGUUGCGUUGACUCGCAAUUCGCGAUCAGCUCCUGGUACCCGCCGAGGCCCGAGGUCGAGUCGAGGGAGCGCCAGCCAACCGAGCGCCAUUGAUGCGGAAGGCAGCGGUGUUAGCGGCGGCGGCGGUUGUCGCGGCGGCGGCCGCCAUAGUUGUGCGGCAGAGGCUGCGGGAGGCGAAGCGGUGGGCGCGCGCGGCCGCCGUGCUAUGUGAUCUGCAGGAGCGGUGCGCGGCGCCGGCGGCGCGGCUCCGGAUGGUGGCGGACGCGAUGGACGUAGAGAUGCGCGCGGGGCUCGCCUCCGAGGACGGGAGCAAGCUCAAGAUGCUCGUCACCUACGUUGAUUCCCUCCCCUCCGGGGAUGAGAAAGGGCUAUUUUAUGCACUUGAUCUUGGAGGGACAAACUUUCGUGUUCUGCGGGUUCAAUUGGGGGGCAAGGAACAACGAGUUAUCAAGCAAGAAUCUGUGGGGGUAUCCAUUCCACAACAUUUAAUGUCCGGAAGUCCACAUGAACUAUUUGAUUUUAUUGCUGCUGCAUUAACAAAGUUUGUUGCCUCUGAGGGUGUAGACUAUCAUCUUCCUGAGGGCACCCAGAGAGAACUCGGUUUUACAUUCUCCUUUCCGGUGAAGCAAACUUCAAUUUCAUCUGGUAUUCUUAUCAAGUGGACAAAGAAUUUUGCAGUUGAUGAAAUGGUCGGCAAGGAUAUUGUGGCUGAAUUAAAUGAGGCUAUAAAACGGAAAGGACUUGUUAUGAAAGUCUCAGCACUGGUCAAUGAUACAGUAGGGACACUGGCUGCUGGGAGAUAUGUCGACAAUGAUACAAUAGUUGCUGUUAUACUGGGAACUGGUACUAAUGCAGCAUACAUAGAGCAUGUACAUGCAAUUCCUAAAUGGCAUGUCCACCUGCCAAAGUCUGCAGAUAUGAUAAUAAACAUGGAGUGGGGAAAUUUUAAGUCUGGGCAUCUUCCACUCACUGAAUUUGAUCAAGCUUUGGAUGCAGAAAGUUUGAACCCUGGAGAACAGAUUUACGAGAAGUUAACUUCUGGUAUGUAUAUGGGGGAAAUUGUCCGAAGAAUCUUGUUAAGGAUGGCUCAGGAAGCUGCUCUUUUUGGUGACCAUACACCUCCAAAACUUGAGACCCCAUACAUUCUAAAGACAUUUCACAUGUUGAUGAUGCAUCAUGAUACAUCAUCUGAUCUCAAAACGGUUAGCCUCAAGCUGAAAGAAAUCUUGGGGAUCGAAAGCACCUCAAGGAAAACAAGGAAACUGGUUGUGGAAGUUUGCGAGGUCGUUGCUAGGCGUGGCGCACGACUGGCUGCUGCUGGGAUAUACGGAAUUCUCAAAAAGCUCGACCGGGUUACUUGCAGCGCCGACAAGCCAAGGUCGGUUAUCGCUGUGGACGGUGGAGUCUACAAGUACUAUACUUUCUUCGGUCAGUGCAUGGAGAGCACUCUGAGGGACAUGCUUGGUGAGGAGGUGGCAUCCUCUAUUGUCAUCAAACCUGUUGAUGACGGCUCAGGCAUUGGGGCUGCUCUCUUGGCAGCGUCCUAUUCUCAAUACCUCCAGGACGAUGAAAUAUUAGCUUAAUUUGAUAGCUCAUUUGGUUCAGAAGCAAUAACAGCCUUUUAUUCACAUAGCCACGGCACAUCGUUGCCUAACUAACCUUUUUUUUGUCUGUCAAAUAUUCAGCGUAAGCUACACAUGUUCUGAACGUACAUUCUGUUAUAGAAGAACUGUUUCAUAUUUUUUUUUGACCAUGUAUGGAUUACAGAACAAUUUGUAUAUGACAAUUUCUCCAUAAAAAAUAUUCAUACUGAAGUUAUGUACGGAAUGGUUCGCUUGAUGCAA